AUGAUCUCAGCUUUGAUCCCAUUACAGUGGGCGGGACUCGCAUUCUUGGUCCUUGCCGUCGGAGCACGAGGUGACCACUUCGAAGUGGAGCUUUCACAGAAUAGGAACAGGCCUGUGGACAAAUAUAUGGACAAUGGCCUACGACUUCCUAUGUCCACGCCAGCUCCCAAUCCACGUUUCGCCGCGAUAGCCCUGAAACGACAAGAUGGCUCAAACAACUGCGGCUAUUACGAUAAUACCAUAUUCAGCGGCCCCUGGAAGUGUGCCGGUACAUUGACGUGCGUCACGAGAGGCAGCGUUUUCGGCUGUGGUUCCCAUGUCUGGCAGGCAUGCUUGACAAGUAAAGACCCUAUUUGCGUCUCGAGUGCCCAAGGUGCCUUUACUACAUGCUGGUUGGUCUCCAUCAUUCUGUCGGCUGCACCAUUGCUGUCUCUUGAGGACAGACACAUAUGGCUGACCUUUUCUUCCAUAACCAGCACGGAGAGCAACUAUCCCUAUUGUCAGAAAGCUGUGAAGUUUAGAACGAAUGGCGAUUCCGUGGUUACUCUCGUUGCUUUUGCGUGUCAGAACAGUUUAUUCGACGGCAUUCAGUACAUAACCGACCCAGUCAGUAGUUCGACAGUAGUUAGUUCCUCCGCCAGUAGUGGUUCCUCGACUACUUCGGCAACAUCUACAAGUACUCUACCCACCAUCUCAAGCACAGCGACCUCUAGUCCAGCCCAAGACGGCCCACCAAUAGGGGCAAUUGUUGGCGGUGUUAUCAGCGGCCUCUUGGUGGUGGGACUGGCAAUCUCUGCCAUCGUUUGGUUUCUGCUACGAACCCGUAAGAGAGCCAGUGCCAAAGGUGACGACAACAAAAGCGGCCCAUCCAUCACGAACCAGCCGUACGUCUACUCAGCUGUGCCCCCUACAGGAGGGACAUCGGAGUGGCAGUCUCCGACCGCGACUCCUAUGUACGAACCUUAUAAGAGCAAUCUUCAGUCCCCCACCUCAGAUGUGUAUCAACACCAGUCCAUGGUAGCAAGGUCGCACAGCCCGGAUCCCAUUCCAGCUUCCAGAUCCGGGGCAUUGCCUAGCGACUAUUCUUCGAACCGCAUAUCUGAGGUGCCGGCUACCAACCCCGCUGGCACAGGGAAUAACGCUUCUGAACUACCUUCCGAUCACAUUCAGAGAUCUUCGUUCGCGCUCUAG